AUGUCUAAAAGAAACGAGCGAGAAAACAGAUCAUCAAGCUCGUCUUCACAACAGACGCCAUCGCCCAAAAGAAAUCGUCGCUCUAGCAGCACUGUGAUGGAAGACAGCAAACAAUCUGAGGCCCUUAGCCUGGAGCAGUUUAACCAAAUUAUGGACAAACUUUCUCGUUUAGAUACUCAAAUGCAAGAGCAUUUUGGAAACCUGACAUCCGAAAUUUCAAUCUUGAGACACGAAAUGAAACAAGAACUUGAUGGUGUGAAAAAGUCCCUGAGAGACGUAGAAAAAUCUCUAGAGGCGGCUUGGGAUUCAAUCAACGACAUUCAAGAAGAAACAAAAACCCACAACGACUACAAGAAAACAUGCCAACAAAGCCUCGACUCUCAUCGCCAAGAACUAGACCUGCUCAAAGUAAACCUCAAAAAAGUUGACAGCCAACAAGCUGAAAUCGAAAAUUUGAAAACAAGGCUGCUUGAAGAACAGGAGAAAAUUAUUGCUUUGGAGACCUAUUCUAGACGCGAGAAUCUUCGAUUUAUGAAUGUACCUGAACGCAAUGACGAAAAUUGCAUGGAUGUAGUGUAUGAUAUAAUUGAAAAUGACAUGAAUAUCAAUGUAGAAGAUAUUCACUUCCAUGCAGUUCAUCGUGUUGGGAAACCGCGCUCAGAAGAUGCCUCCAAAAGCUUCCCGAGACCAAUUAUUGCACGCUUCCUCAGCAGGGAAGACAGAGACGCAGUUUUUCGAGAGAGAAACAGGUUGAAAGAUUCAUCGAGAGCUAAGGAUGUAUACAUAACGCAAGAUUACGCAAAAGCGAUACAGCAGGAAAGGAAAGUAUUAAUCAAAGCGAUGUUCCAAGCAAAGGAGCGAGGUUUGAGCGCAAAAGUUAUCGAUAGAAAGCUUAUUAUCAACAAUGUUAUUUACAAAGUAAGUAAUAUCCCU